AUACUAAAUAAAACAGGAUAGGGUUAUUAUGGUUUAUACCCACUAUACAUGUACCCAGGGAUUAUAGUAAAUAUUUGGUCAGUGUACUUUUGUUCCCCUUAGUGUUUUACUCCCAUAAAUAAAAAAAUCCCUUUUGUCAUUUCAGAUAAUAAAGGAGACCUAGUUGUGGUUUAUUGAGCUCAUUUCAGAUACUAAAGGAGACCUAGUUGAAGUUUAUUGAGCUGAUUUCAGAUACUAAAGGAGACCUAGUUGAAGUUUAUCGAGCUGAUCUGCCUCACACUCGUUGGGCUUCAGAUCCUUUGCCUGAGUGUCUGGAUCCACAGGCAGAGAGCUCACUGCUCUACGAGCCUCAGCGCAGCACCAAUGAAUCGGCUAUCCUGCCUUCCUCUGAUCCUCCUCGUGGCCUGCUGGGGCACGGAGAACCCAGCGGAGUAUCAGCAGGCCCUACCACUCGGUGCUGAUCAUGGACAACGGCCAGCGCUGGGGAACGUGGGGACUGAAGGAUAGAAGCCCAUCGGCUUCUAUGCCGCAGGUUUCAGCCUUAAGGUAGCAAGCUACUGGGCGUCUCUGGUAAUAGGUGAUAACAUUGCUCUGUGGAGUUUGCCUUCACUGUGUUGACACAUCCAAAAGUACAUCAGACCCUACACUAACUAUGGCACUGUACAAUCUGAUACAGGCAGGUGAGAGAUGGGGAAAAUGGACCGAUAUCAAAUGGUGCAAGUCUGGUAUGCUAAUGAGUUUACAGCUUCAUGUGGAACCUUUCCAAGGAACCUGGGACGAUACUGCUGCAAACAACAUAAAGUUCAAGUGCAGUGGAGGGGAGGAGCUUCAGGGGUCAGGCACUGCCUGGGGCUCCUGGAGUUACACAUGUGCAGGUAAAGGAGUGUGUGGCAUCGAGACCAUAGUGGAGGAGCCACGUGGCCUUGCAGACGACACCGCGCUCAACGACGCUUGGCUCUACUGUUGUGAUUAAACUUUAAAAGUGUAAUCUUCAAGAUCAAGCACAUGCAUGGGAAGGACAGCACUAUGGCAUAGUAGUUGGGAAGGUAUACGCUUCCUUUGUGACCACAUCUGUAUGAGGAUUAUAAUUAUCUCCAGCAUAAAAAACAAGUUUCAGUACCGUAAAGAAGAAUGAAGAGAAUACAGGGUGUUAUCAAGGGCACAUUUGGAUCUUAAAUUCACCACCUACUGGAGUUCACCAUUACACCACUCACCUCCUGGAGUUCAGUUACAUGAAUUUUUGCACAAAAAUCUUUUCAAAAACCAAAAAGCCUCCUACUUUCUUUAUACCACAGCAAUGCCCAGUCAAAAUUCAGACAAAGGUGAAGCGAUACAGGCAUCUGGGGAAUCUAAUUUUAAAAAAGCAGCUAAAAAAGCAAAAAAACAAGUUGACAAUUUACUUCAUGUCUCUCUCAACAUCGCUGUAACUGGGGACUCAGGAGCAGGAAAGUCAACUUUUAUCAAUGCAAUUAGAGGUCUGGAGGACGAUGCUCAGGGUGCAGCCAAAACUGGAGUUACUGAGACCACUACAGAAGCAACCCCUUACCAACACCCCACAAUGUCCAAUGUGACGCUUUGGGACCUGCCUGGAAUUGGAACCCCAAACUUCAAAGCAAAGACGUAUCUUAAAGAUGUGAAAUUUGACACCUAUGACUUCUUCAUGAUUAUCUCAUCAGAGAGAUUCAGAGAGAAUGACAUCAUGCUGGCCAAGCAGAUUCAAAAGAAGAAGAAGCAGUUUUACUUCAUUAGGUCAAAAGUAGACAACGAUCUACGUGCUGAAGGAAGCAAAAUAAGCUUCAGCACAGAGGAGAUGCUGUCGAAAAUCAAAACUAACUGUGAGGAGAACUUGAAGGAAAUCAGAAAUCCCAAAGUUUUCCUCAUAUCCUCCAAGGAAUUUUGUGCAAUUGACUUUGAGAAGCUUGUGGAUACGCUGGUGUCGGAGCUUCCUCAACAUAAGCAAAAUGCAUUACUGCAGUCUGUGCCUGUGAGCUCCAUGGCGAUGCUGGAGAAGAAAGUCCGCAUGUUUGAGAAGGCAGCCUGGGCUGCAGCGUUCGUCUCAGGUGCAGUCGCAGUGGCGCCUGUACCUGGUCUCUCAGUAGCAUGUGACGCAGGCAUUUUACUGGCUUUCUUCACCAGGUGCUACUACUCCUUUGGCCUGGAUGAAAAAUCACUAGAAAAGCUCUCAGGACGCGUGGACAGACCGUCUCUGAGAGUCCUGAUAAAGUCAAACCUUGUGUUGGCACUGGCAGCAGAAUCAGCUGCCAGACAGGAAAUCUCAGCCCUGGCUGGAGGGGCAGCAGUGGAGUAUCUGUGCAGUCUGGUACCUGGGGCAGGCAGCGCUCUAGCAGCAGUGAUAUCGUUUGGCCUCACACACAGACUGCUGCAGAACGGGCUGAAAGAGCUGGCAAAUACAGCGCGAACUGUGCUGAGAGAGGCAGGACUGCAGUAGUGAAAUACACUGAUGUGGAGAAAAGUACCCUAGAUGUCACUAGUGAACUCUACAUACCAGCAUAUUCCUAUAUCAAUAUAGCAGUCUGUUAGCAUAGAAAAGGAAUCGCUGUUGUUGAAUACUCUGUUCAGAAAUAGACAAUUAGUGAUCGAUACUGUUUCUUUUAUGAAUUAUAAAAAGCAUUACAAUUUGAGAUGCUUUGAUAUUUGUAGUUUUAGGUUUUAGCUAAAAAUCUUUGACCAACAUAAUUUCCCAUAAUGUCAUAUGAAUUCUUUUUUGUUGUUCCACUCUCCAGUAUGUUUUAUAGUGAGAUCAGGAACAGAUUUUGAGGUGGUUUAGGAACUCAUUAUGGGUGUUGCAGUUUUUAAUGACUCAGAACGUUCCUGCAGAGUGAAUGAUAGGAAGCCCAGAGUAAUCUAUGGCUACCGGAGUCUCACACUGCAAUGUAAAAAGACAAAAAUCUCUGGGUAAAGUCAUAGCAGUAAAGUUCAAGGACAGCCUGCAUGUGUGAUCAUCUGUAGCGUGGAACUGAAAACCCUUCACCCUUUGAUAGUUGCUGUUACAGUGUAGAUAUAACUGGUAAUAUGACACUUGUUUUUAUACUGGUUACCUAAAAGCUACUGCUAUAUUAUUAUUAGUGCUGUAUUUGUGGAACUAAUGUAAUGAUUCCACUUUUAGACUAAACUUUUAUUUUGUGUUAUUGCCUGAAUAGCAGAAAUGACUAAAAGCUCACAGUACCCCAUUGGCCAAUGUGAUUGGUCUUCA